AUGGAUCUUCUCUUAAUUUGGCCAUUCAUUGGCUUGGUUGCAGGCGUUCCUGUAAUACUGGAGCUCUGUAAGCCACAAGAAUAUUCUCUGGGUGCUCAUACAAGGCGGCAAUCUCCUUGGAAGUCACUAAUCAACGAUCAAUCUUGGUGGAUGAGAGCUGCGUUACCCAUUUACUUAUUGCAUCAAUUCGAAGAGCAUGGUUAUGAUUUCAUGGGGAGGCGGUACGCGUUUCGAUCCCAUUUCUGUGAUCAUCUUGGCUUCGAGAACAUCGAGGAGUGUCCUUUAACGCCACUGGUCGUACUCUUUGUCAACAGUACAACAGUGUGGGUGACUGCAAUCUUUGCUCGCACGAGAAUUCACGUAGCCAGAAGCUUUUACGGAUUUGCUUUCAUAAACGGACUAACGCACGUAAUACCCUCAUUGAUGGAUGGGCUAGCUUAUAACCCCGGUCUUGUGACAACCUGGCUUUUGUUCUUUCCCGGGGCAUACCUGGCGCUUCGAUUGCUUGGAGGAGCAGGAAGGGGAAUUGCAGCUGGAAUUGUUUGUCACAUUGUCUUGAUGGGCUCGAUGAAGCUCGCCGCCAACGGCUAUAUGGCUGAGUGGGCUCUUUGCAGCGUUCAAGUGCUGAACACUAUAUUGUUGAUUAGUUUUCGGUGA